AAACUUUUCAUUGACUUUGCUCACUUCGAGCAGGGGCGCGGGAAGGUGUGGGUCGUCGGCGGAGAGAAGCGAGUGGCUCGGGCGACGCGGGGCCACAAGGGCAAGACCGUCCGCCGGCCACAGCCGGGACCGUCUUCCGCCCCGCGGCACGAGCAACCCUCCGGUCCUCCAUCCCCGCGCCGUCGCCGCUGGCCGGCCCGCCCGCCCUCUGUCCCCCGCCGCUGAGCCCGACCUCCAAAAAGCUGAAAGAAUUAUUAUUGAGAGUCAUAGCCCAUACCCCCCUCACUCGCUCCCCCAUCCUCAACGAAGAAAAGGACACAUCGGCUUCCGGGAAGGGAGAGCGACCUCCGCCUCGCGCCCAGGACCACCCUGGAGGAAGAAGCCGCCCCGCGGCCGGCACACCGCCCCGCCGCCGCGGAGAUCCGAGUGACGUUGUCUGGAGCCCAAGCCUGCCCACCUUACAUCUCCUACCACUGUCCUUGGCUUGUGCACGUGCCUGUGCUGAUUCUCUGCCUGGGAGAGGACGAUGCAGCUGGAGAUCAAAGUGGCCCUGAACUUCAUCAUUUCCUACCUGUACAACAAGCUGCCCCGGCGCCGGGCAGACCUGUUUGGUGAAGAGCUAGAGCGACUCUUGAAAAAGAAAUAUGAAGGCCACUGGUACCCUGACAAGCCACUGAAGGGCUCUGGCUUCCGCUGUGUCCACAUCGGGGAGAUAGUAGACCCCGUGGUGGAGCUGGCCGCCAAGCGGAGCGGGCUGGCGGUGGAGGAUGUGCGGGCCAACGUGCCCGGGGAGCUGAGCGUCUGGAUCGACCCUUUCGAGGUGUCCUACCAGAUCGGUGAGAAGGGGGCUGUGAAAGUGCUCUACCUGGAUGACAGCGAGGGCUGUGUCGCCCCAGAGCUGGACAAGGAGAUCAAGAGCAGCUUCAAUCCCGAUGCCCAGGUGUUUGUGCCCAUCGGCAGCCAGGACAGCUCCCUGUCCAACUCCCCGUCACCGUCCUUUGGCCAGUCACCCAGCCCCACCUUCAUGCCCCGCUCCGCUCAGCCCAUCACUUUUACCACCGCCUCCUUCGCAGCCACCAAGUUUGGCUCCACCAAGAUGAAGAAGGGGGGCGGGGCAGCGGGUGGGGGGGCCGGGGGCGGGGCAAGUGGCCAGCAGAUCCCCCAGCAGCAGCCCCGCAUGGCCCGCUCUCCCACCAACAGCCUGCUGAAGCAGAAGAGCCUCUCUCUGUCUCUGCAUUCACUGAACUUCAUCGCCACCAACCCGGCCCCUCAGUCCCAGCUCUCACCCAAUGCCAAGGAAUUUGUGUACAACGGCGGUGGCUCUCCCAGCCUCUUCUGUGAUGGGGCCGAUGGCCAGGGCAGUGGCACCCCGGCCCCCUUCGGGGGCGGUGGGGCUGGCACCUGCAACAGCAGCAGCUUCGACAUGGCCCAGGUAUUUGGAGGUGGUGCCAACAGCCUCUUCUUGGAGAAGGCGCCCUUCGUGGAAGGCCUCAGCUACAACCUGAACACCAUGCAGUAUCCCAGCCAGCCAUUUCAGCCCGUUGUGCUGGCCAACUGACCGCCCACCUGCCCGUGGGGCCAGGAGCACCCAAGACCACAGAAAAGAGAAAGGAAAGGAAAGGCCAAAAAAAAGAGGAAAAGAAAAAUACACAAAAAUAUUUCCAAUUUUCUCACUCUAACUUCUAGAAACAAGAUCCAGCCCAGGCAUGGAGUGGGAGGGGGCUCCUGAAGCACCGAAUCGUGCUUAGCUCAGCCCCCUGCUGUUCUCCUGCCUGCCUCUGAUUUAUUCGGUUGGUUUGGGUUUUAUAUUUCUUUUUCUUAUUUUCUUUUUUACAUGUAGUUUUCUAUAUAACAUCUUUAAUUAGUGGCUUCCUGUGCUAAGAAUGGUCCAGAUGUGAAUUGCUGCUCCCUGCUCCCUCCCUCCCUCCCUCCCUCCCUCUCCCUCUCCCUCUCCCUCUCCCUCUCCCUCUCUCUCUCUCUCUCUCUCUCUCUUCCUCCCUCCUUCACACGCCUGGUUUAGGGUUGGUGUGUCCCAGCUCACAGGGAAGGAAGAACCGCGGCUGGGGCCUGGCCCUCUUCAGAAUAGGGAGAGACUGCCCCGUGUCACUGCCUUCAUCACCCAGCUGUCCUCUCACUCAAAGCCAUCCAACCUCAGCAGGCCUUCUCGGGCCCUGCCACCCAGAUAGGUCUGACUCCAGCCCCCGCUUUCUCUCAGGCCUGGGCCCUAGGGAGCUGCCAGCUGGCCACUUGACACCCUCCCCCUAGAGCUGAAGUUUGUGACUCCAGGGAGGUUAGCACUGUCUGGUAUCCCUUUCACCUCUGUCCUGUUGCCCCGUGCCACCAUUCCCACCUGGCCCAGACCAUCACCGAGGCCCUGGAGACCCAGCCAUUGGCACAUGUGGCCUCUCUCAUGUAGCCCCUUCUUUCCUGGGCCUGAGUUCGUGGGUAGGGAGGUGGGGUGAGUGCAGGUGUGCUUGUGCAUGCGUGCGUGCGUGCGUGAUUUGCUCUCCUGUUUUAAAGGAUUCCGAGCCAUGUGAAACUUCCCCUCUGGGUGUGAUUCCGGGUUGCAGCAAGUGUUUAUUUACGUGUGAGGGUGAGGAAUGCACUGGGGGUGGGUUGUCAGUCCUUUUGUGGGGUGCUUCACGUGGUGGCGCAAGACUGGCUGAACCUGACGCUCCCAGAGGAAAGCACUGCAGAAGGAACUGGUUUCCAGACUGCGGAGGGAUCUGCACUUUCGUUUGUUUUUGACCAAAAAAAAAAAAAAAAAAAAAAAAAAGGUUAGCAGUGAGGGGCUGAGGGAAUACGCAGCCUCUGAUACCUAAGAGAAGUCCCUGGACUCGGACCCUCCUAUUGUGUGACCUUAGCCCUGGGGUGGGAAACGCUUACCUGAGCGCCCUGGUGCGGGGUGGGGGGGAGUUUUGGGUCAGUGCCUGGAGUGGGCAGUCCGAAGCCUUGAGUUGAGACUUUGGUCUUUUGGCUGUAGAUGUUGCUUUAAUACAUUCUUUCCCUGCCUGCUUGAGAACCUCUUGCCAUCCCCUCACUGCCUGACCCAGGCCCACUGGGCCCAAUGCUGAUCUCAAGCAGGCUGGGCUGGACAGGCGCUUGGCCACGGCAGGUGGUGUGUCUGGAUUCUUGAAGAGCCCUCCCCACCUCUGCUGGAGAGAAUUUACCUUGACCCAACCCUAGUGGGCUAGCUUCCACGCCAUGACGCUUUGGCAAGUGGGCACGUAGCAUCAGGGCCCCCGUCACCAGAAAGUACCAAAGCCUUUGGCACCCCACCCUCUCCUCCCCAGCGACCCUAAGUGGGCAACUGCUGUGGCAGCAGGUCCGGCCCAGACGGACACUGCCAGCUGGCCUCCUCUCCCUGCAGUGGGCACCAGCUCUACCUCCCCCGCGCAGGGCAAUGCCCUGGCUCCUCGGCCCGGCACCGUCUGUCCGCCCUAGACUUCUCAGGGGCCGGCCCCGUCUGGGCCACCCUCUCCCGAGCCCUCAGCUCCCGCACAGGUGACAGGCCCAGGCUGCUCUCUGGGAAAGGUUGGAUGCUGCCUUAUGCCCCCUUCCCGGCCCCUCUUCCCCCACUCAUGCACACAGGCACCCACCACACCCUGGGCGGCUUGUUCCUCACCACAUACAGGGAGGGGGAGACCAACCCCUUAGUGUCUUUUGAAAUACGAAGAAAAAUGUGUGACCAGGAGCAUGUCUCCUGUGCUGGGCUCUUGGGCCCACUUCAGUCUGUCUGUCUCAAAUCUAGGCGUUUUUGCUUCAACUUUUUUUUUUAAGAAAACAAAACAAAAAUCUGCACUAAUUUACCUGGUUUCGUAGGAAAACUUUUUUUUUAUUUUUUACAUUUUUUGGUGUCCGUUUGUAUUGAAUAAUUUGCUACAUUUGUAAAAUGUAAGAGGUAUAUAUAAUAUAUGUAUAUUUCUAACGUAAAAGUAAUUUUUUUCUUUUCAAGAUUUUUUCUUAAGAGGAGAGAAAGAUAUUUUUUCAGGAAAAACAAACUUUAAAAUAAAAAAAGAGGAGAAUAAAACCUAUUUCUCCCCUUUCCCCAUCCUCUCUCUGUCUACCCCUCUUUCCCAGGAACAAGUCAAAAGGUGGAUCGUCUUGUAAAGAAAGUAAACUUUUAGUCCAGAAUGAUGUCUUUUUUCCAAUGCAGUGAGCUGUAGGUUCUCUAGUUUGACCCCUGGGGAUGGGAAGGGGGGGCACUGAGGAGCUCGGGGGAGCAGGGUAAUGAAUUUGUUUUCUUUAGUGAAGGAGGAAUACAAUCAAGCGUUUUGUAUUCAGAAUGUUGUGCAAUAUUUUGGAAUGGAACAUUGGUGUGUUUAGAGAUUUAGUUUAAAAACAAAACAAAAAGAUUGAUCAAAUCUGUACAGUUUAUAUUGUUCCAGAUUUUUUUAAGUUUGUAUUAAA